ACUGGACUCUGGAAAGACAACUGAGCCUAAGACAGUAGAAACUGCCAGCCUGAUGUUUAUGUUGUUUGUCUAAUAGAAUGCUUGGUGGACCCACCUUUUAAAGUGUAACCCGAUCCAUAGGAGGAAGGAAUCCAUCUAAGGCAGAUGUUGCUGUGCUCAGGAGGCUAGGAUAGGGACUAACAAAUGUACCUGAGAACAAUGGGUGAUUUCUCCUCUGUGCUUCUAGGUUUUCUGCCCACACGUGACCUAGGUGACCCUGCCCUGAAGACCUAUGGAGCCUGCUACUUCCCUGCAUUCUUGCCCGUUAGUCUCCCUUCUCUUCUUCCUGGUCCUCAGCCUGUUUGUGCUGGUCUCAGCCCAGUUUACCGUCACGGGACCGACCAAGCCCAUCCUGGCCAUGGUAGGAGAAAACACCACACUGCACUGCCACCUGUCACCAGAGAGAAAUGCUGAAGGCAUGGAGGUGCGGUGGUUCCGGUGGCAUUUCACCCCCGCGGUGCUGGUGUACAAAGGCCAUCGAGAGAGACCAGAAGAGCAGAUGGAGGCUUAUCGAGGGAGAACCACCUUCGUGAGCUCAGACAUCAGCGAGGGCAGAGUGGCGCUCACUGUCCACAACGUCACAGCCUAUGACGAUGGCCUGUACCGCUGCUACUUCCAGGAAGGCAGGUCCUAUGACCAGGCCAUCAUGCGGCUCAUGGUGGCAAGCCUGGGCUCUCAGCCCCUCAUUAAAAUGAAGACCCUUGAGAAUGGAAGCAUCUUGCUAGAGUGCACAUCUGAAGGGUGGUACCCAGAGCCCCAAGCUGUGUGGCGAGACCCUUAUGAUGAAGUUGUGCCUGCCUUGGAGGAAGAGUACGCAGCUAACAGAGAAGGCCUCUUCUCGGUCACCAUGACUGUGAUCAUCAGGGACUACUCUGUGAGGAACAUGACCUGCUCCGUCAACAACACCCUGCUCAGCCAAGAAUUAGAAAGUGUGAUUUUCAUUCCAGAAUUCUUCCUGCCCAGCCUUCGUCUCUGGAUGGUGGCCACAGCUGUCACUCUGCCUCUAGCAACGCUGAUCCUCCUCACUUCUGGAAGCAUCUGCCUUGUCAAGAAACACCACAGGAGGAAAUCAAUUCUUUCCACUGAAAAAGAAGUUGAAUAUGAAGAAAAGGAAACUGCACGGAAGCUUCAAGAAGAACUGCGAUGGAGAAGAACCCUCCUACAUGCCGCUGAUGUGGUCCUGGACCCAGACACUGCUCAUCCUGAGCUCUUCCUGUCAGAUGACCGGAGAAGUGUGAGAAGAGGCCCUUCAAGGCAGAACGUACCUGACAACCCUGAGAGGUUUGAUUGCCGGCCGUGCGUUCUGGGCCGGGAGAGCUUCUCCUCAGGGAAGCAUUACUGGGAGGUGGAAGUGGAGAACGUAAUGGUGUGGGCCAUUGGCGUUUGUAGAGACAGUGUUGAGAGAAAAGGGGAGGCCCUGUUGGUUCCUCAGAAUGGCUUCUGGACCCUGGAGAUGUUUGGAAGCCAGUACCGAGCCCUGUCCUCCCCAGAAAAGAUCAUACCUCUGAAAGAGCAUCUUCACCGUGUUGCCGUCUUCCUGGACUGUGAAGGUGGGGAUGUUUCUUUCUACAACAUGAGAGACAGAUCACACAUCUACACAUGUCCUCCCGUGGUCUUCGCUGGGCCUCUGAGACCCUUCUUUAGGCUCGGUUCUGAUGACAGUCCCCUCUUUAUCUGUCCAGCGCUCACAGGGGCACAGGGAGUUACAAUACCUGAGGGUGGCCUGGUCCUGUAUAGGACAAGACUGAUGUCUCAGCGCCAGGUAAGGAAGCCAUAGCUGUCAGGACAGCACUAUCUGACGGAGAGCAGACCCUAUGUCCUUCAGGCCACCUGGAGCAUCUUCCAGCUGCCUCCUUCACGCAUGCUUCAGGCCCACGCCUCAGUUCAUUGUCUUCCAACUAUGGGCCUACUUAGACCCAGGCUUAGCAAGAAGGUGUGAGAAGGGGAGAGGCACAGAACUCGAAGCUUCGACAUGAUGUUCUCUGACCACAGAGGACAUAGGGGAAGGGUGAGAGGGCGCAGCCAGAUGUAAGAGGAGAGAACUGCAGAGGCAGGAGACAGAUAAAUAUAAAUUGAGGCCAUAGAUGGAGGAAAUCAACUAGAGAGCUUGGGAGUAGGUCCCAUAUGGUAGGAGCCAAUGGUCCAUUGAUAUCCAAAGCCAAAGAUUUAUAUGUCUGGAGUGUGUAUGUGCCGGCCUACUCAUGGGAGGGACACAUGAACAGUGAUGACCUGGAUGUAAACUGGCUCAGGUGUCCCUACAGGAAACACUCAGUUCUGAGUCCCAAGCCAGUGCUCAGUAAGAACGGCUUGAGACUUGAGGCCCCUACUGAGCAACCAGGUCCAUGUGACUCAGGUUUGCUGGACGUAGUAGCAGUUUAGGUUUCUUAGGUUCAAGAUGUCUUCCAUUCACCCAACCCCAUCCUCCUUCUUCAAGAUAGACUUUCACCAUGUAGAGCAGGCUGGCCUGGAACUCCCAGAAACCAGCCUUCCUCCACCUCUGGAAUGCUGGGACUAAAGACAUGUGCAACCAUGCCCAGUUAUUUAUUAAUCUUACGGUAGAUUCAAAUGAUUAAGCCUCUGUUCUCUUGAGAUUUGUUCUAGUUUUUCUCUUGAGUCAUGGUCUCACUGUGUAGCACUGCUCUUGACUCUCUCACCCCAUCUCUUUUUUUGUUAUUGUUGUUUUUCCAAGAAAGGAUCUCACUAUGUAGCUCUGGCUGGCAUGGAACUCACUAUGUACAGUAGGCUGGCCUCAAACUCAUGGAGAUCUGCCUCAGGGUUAAAGGCAUGUUUCGUUACGCAUGGCUUUACCCCAUCUAUUCAGUGUGGGGAUUGUAGGCGUGUGCUACCAUAUCUCACUAAUGUUUGUUGCUGCUUAUGGCGUUUGAAGUUGAAAACAGAAAAACAGCUUUAUGUAUUAAUUUACAUUAAAACAAUAAGCUAACCAUAGUUUCAUAUGAAUAGUACAUGCCUUACUUAAAAAGUUGUUUCUAAGCUGGGUAGUGUUGGCACCAGCACCCAGGAGCCAUAGGCAGGUGGAUCUCAGAGUUUGAGGCCAGCCUUGGUCUACAGAGUGAAUUCCAGGACAGCCAAGGCUACAAAGAGAAACCCUGUCUUCAGGAGAAAAAUAAAUAAAGUUGUUUC